GACGUCUGUAGCAUCCUUAAUGUGACUUAUGAAAAAGGCAAAGCCGCCGGAUUCAUGAAUAAAAAUCCGAGGGAAUUAGACCGCAGAACAAAAAGUUUCGGCGAAAGAUAAUAUGUAGACAAAUGCUUACAUUCCUUUUCAGGGAGCCGUGUUUGUACAGAAAUCCGAUAUCUGCAUACUAUAUAUAAAAGUGUGGAGGGCUGGACACGCUAACGGGCACAUAAAGAAAGGACAGGGGCGCUUUAGUGAAGAAGUGGCGUGAGAAAGAUUUUAUCUCAUUCCCACCGUCUCAGCCGCGCCCGGAUCGCAUCCACUUCUACUCUCUACUCCGCAAUAGAAUGGCAAUGUCUAGUAAAGCGACUGUAGCGUUACUCAUCUACGGAAUCUUUAUGCACGGCAGCGUCUUCUGCUCACCUAUCGGGCAUAGUUACCCUAAUAUUAGACUUGAAAAUGAGGUUUAUGACGAGGACGGGAAUUCGUUACCCGACAUGGCUUUUGACGGUGAUCAAAUUACUAUACGAAGCCUUCCAUCCGUCACUGACGACGUAUUUACUUUAUACUACCCACCGGAGAAGAGAACGGAGAGGCAUGCAGAUGGAAUAUUUAAUAAAGCCUACAGGAAGGUCUUGGGUCAGUUAUCAGCAAGGAAAUAUCUGCAUUCACUGAUGGCAAAGCGUGUAGGUGGAGCGAGCAAUUUGGAAGACGAUUCGGAGCCUUUGUCCAAAAGGCAUUCGGAUGGCAUCUUCACAGACAGCUACAGCCGCUACCGAAAACAAAUGGCUGUCAAGAAAUAUUUGGCAGCGGUCCUGGGGAAAAGCCCUGAAGACUUUAAUUUUCACCAUAUUCUACAAGACAUAGACUUUGAUGCCCUCCCGGAUGGGGAUGAGUUUGAGGCUAUUUUGGGAGACUGGCUGAAACAGUUUUCUCCCGAAUUUCCGGUGAGUUCCGAGGCUUUUCCCGAGGCCUGUUCACGGGGGCUCCUGCCCCCCCUCCCUUUCUCCUCACCUGAACUAUCCCCUCCUUUUUUCCACUCCAAGUAUACAGUCCGAUUUCCCCCUUUCCUGGUCUGUGUUUCUGUUUUUCUAACAAAAUACAUCGACAUACAAGCAUACAUAUCAUAUAUCUAUGUAUAUGUAUGUAUGUAUCUGCAUAGUCAGAUUUUCUGACCACUUUCCUCUUUUGAAAUCAUGGACAGUGUUGAUAUACGCUCCGUAAAGUUACAUCAAAAUAUCAGUGACAUGCAUCCAUUAUCCAGGGGGCGACUGGCAUUAGAAACCUAAGGGAAAAAAUAAUUCAUUUAUCUUUUGUAAGCUCUGUCAUAACACAUGUUCCAAAGAGGGAAACCCGCAGAACCUACUAGAACAAAUUAAAAGCUUCGGCUUCCUGCAUUAAUGCUCACUCUUAUGAGGGUGGGACUCAACCCUAAAACCAUUUCUCACAAAGUGACAUGUGUUUCUCUCUAAGUGCUGGUCAUGUGUUUAAGAAGCUUCAGAAAAACAAGAAAAAAAAAAAAAAACCCUUGAAAAUAUGUUUUGUUGUUUUAUUUUU